UUUCCGCUAAGGGAAAGUCGAGCUAACCACGCAAACCUUCUGUAACAUGGAUGCUGCCAGCGAAAGUGAAGGGCCGGUUUCUGGGGAAGUGGUAUCAGUCGCCCAUGCUCUUUCUCUCCCCGCCGAGUCAUAUGGCAACGACCCUGAUAUUGAAAUGGCUUGGGCCAUUCGAGCAAUGCAGCAUGCUGAAGUCUAUUACAAACUGAUAUCAUCAGUUGACCCACAGUUCCUGAAACUCACCAAAGUAGAUGACCAAAUCUACUCUGAGUUCCGUGAAAAUUUUGAGAACCUCAAGGUAGAUGUAUUGAACCCAGAAGAGCUCAAAUCUGAAUCAGCUAAAGAAAAGUGGAGGCCGUUCUGCUUAAGAUUUGAAGGGAUCGUGGAAGACUACAACUAUGGGACUUUGCUAAGGUUGGAUUGUUCCCAGGGCUACACUGAAGAGAACACCAUCUUUGCACCCAGGAUUCAAUUUUUUGCAAUUGAAAUUGCUCGGAACCGGGAAGGCUAUAACAGAGCAGUUUCCGUCAGUGUUCAGGACAAAGACGGAGAGGAAGGAGCUGACAAUAAAGAAGAGGAAGCUGAGAAAGGAGCUGAUAGUGGAGGAGAAAAAGAGGAAGGAGCCAACAGAGAAGGAGAAAAGUAGAAAACUAACCAGAGAGGAGGAAAAGAAAGCCCAGAGCCGUGGCUCAGCUGAACCCACAAGAAUCAGGUGCUACAGCACAGCCCACUGUGGUCAGAUGACUGCCCUUCUGUAAACGGAGGGCUCAGAAGGACAUCUUUCUAGCUAGUAAGAGAAGCUACUCUGGACAUAACAGCCUAAACACAAUUAGUGGAGUCUCUUAGUUAAUUGAUGCUCCAUUCCCUGUUUCUUGGCUGUAACUAUUGUUGAAGAAAGACGAUUUGUAAAUAAAUUCCUUUUGGUUUGUAUUACUU